AUGACCACCAAUGCGGAUACGGAUCCCCGUCUGUCGUGGGUGUUUGGGCAGAUUCGCAGAAACCUCAACGGCGUCACGGAUGACUCCCUCAAGGAUCUGUUCCACGACAGGGACAACGUGGACACCGUGCUUUCCACGUUUAGGGCGGUUGAUAGCAUGUUGGAGUCGAGCUUUGUUAUUGUGGCACGCGAAAAGGAGUUGAUUGACAUCCACUCCAAGGACUCGCUUCAGCACGCCGCCGAUGCCCCUCCUCCUCAACACACCGGCGACGGUGGCGGCAGAGGGCAGAGGCUGCGCAUAUCCUCUGGCGCAGUUUACAACGCCAACAUUGCCUGCUCUGCUCUGUAUGCGCCAGACCACAGCCGCUGUCUCUUCUUCGUGCGCGUAGAUCACCAAGAAAUCACCGCGGAGGACGCAGCGGACUGGGCAACCAACCCGCAGAAUUCGAUGCACUUCGCCUUUGAGUUGUCCGGCACGCAGGUGCCGUCCCUCAACUCUUUUUAUGUAUUAUUGAUGGAGGUGUUCGCGCCGGUGUUGCAGGACAUGGGGCAGGCGGCUGGGAAGCGGAAGGCGCUCAUGGCACUUGCUCUAAACGGCGGUGCCAGUGCUGCGUCCAUCACCCACGGCGGGGCUGCGGAGACGGGCAGCGGGGCGGACGCCGCAGACGGCGUCACCGCCACCGGCAACAAUCGCCAGCUUUACGCCGAUAUCCAUAGCUGGAUCAACCGCCUCGGCACGCAGCUGGAGGGCUUCAUAAACCAGGUCGGCGCGGAGCGCAAGCUGCUCAUUCCUCAGGAUUUAUAUGCAUUGGAGUACAGCGAUGCCCAGCUGCAGGCAGUGCUGAGCAACAAGGAGGUGCUGCGUCAGGUGGAUGCAACGGUGUCCCAGUGGCAGGCGGAGAUUAGCUACGCUAUGUCAGUGGAGCCGCAGAAGGAGGGCCCGCUGGGCGAGAUCGAGUACUGGCGUGAACGGUACAGCACAAUCAGCGCCCUCUACGAGCAGCUGAACUCUUCGCAGGCAAAGUUCAUUCUGAAGAUCGCCAAGGAGGCGGGCUGCACCUCGGCCACGAUGAUCGACUUGACGCUGCAGCAGUUCUUUCGCAUGCACUCGGAGUCGAAGGACAACGUGAAGUUCCUCGGCACACUCGACCGGCAUUUCCGCACGCUGCACAGCGUGGAUCCGAAGCUAGGCUCCCUGCAGCCCAUCAUCGACACGCUGUUCUCCAUGAUGACGGCUCUGCGGAUGGUCUGGAUUAUCUCGCGCUUCUACUCCACGGAGGAGCGCAUGGUCGGUCUGCUGGAGAAGAUCGCGCGGCUGAUUGCGCAGAAGGUAAGCGAGCACAUCGACUUCCGAACAGUGCUGACGUUGCCGUCCGAGGUGGCGAAGGUCAAGGUGACGGAGGGCCAGCAGUGCCUGAUCAAGUGGAAGGCGGCAUACAAGAGUGUGCAGGAAGAGAUCAACAGCUCGGAGCGCGAGCAGCACUGGAACUUCGACGAGCAUCGUCUCUUUGACGUGACGGACUACAUGUCGGACCGAUGCACAGACCUGCUGGAAGUUAUCGAGACGGUGGAGUACUACACCACCGUCCUGAGCGCGCAGCUGAAGACGGUGCUGACGGACGCCACCGACAUUGAGCGCAUCCUCAAGGAUGUGGAGAAGCUCAAGCGCCCCUUUGGCACGCUCACCUUCGACCCGUUCGAGAGGCGCGCCACGCACAACUGGCAGGUCGUCUUCUCUGGCUUCCUGACAGCCGUCACGAGCCUCGACCACGAGGUCUCGCUCUUCAUCAAUCGCAUCUUCGACGACGACCUGCGCAGCGCGGAGUCCGCUUUUGAGCUGCUUGUGUCUUUUAAACGCAUCCGCACCCGCCCCGACCGCGGCGGCAACUCCCUCGACAUCUCGGCGCUUCUGCUUGAGAAGACAGACCGUAUUCUCGCUCAGUACUUCACCGAGGUGGAGAACGUGCGGCGCAUUUUCCAGGACCAGAAGGAGGCGCCGCCGCUCUCCAAGAACCAGCCUCCUGUCGCCGGCGGUAUUCACUGGAGCAUGUCCCUCUUUCAUCGCCUCAAGAGGCCGAUUGUGCGCUUCCAGCGCGAGGGGAUGCUCAAGUCGUCCGUGGGACAGCAGGUGAAGGCCAAGUACGUGGAGGCGUCGCGCCAGAUGAAGAAUUACUCGACAGCACGCUUCUUGAAGUGGCGAGAAGAGGUGCGGGUGCCAGCGCCUGCGUCCCUCAAGUGGAACAUCCUUCGUGCCGAUCCGGAUGGCACGUACAAGGUCAACUUCAACUGGUCCAUCUUCGACAUUAUUCGCGAAACAAAGUACCUUGACCGGCUGGGCUUCGAAAUCCCAAAGGCGCUCCUGCACAUUUCUCUCCAAGAUGAGGCCUACCACGGAUAUGUGGAUGCGUUGAAUGGGAUGCUGGUCAGCUUCAACUACGAGCUGGGCGCGCUGGCGGGGCCAGAGCGCGCCAUUCUCGCCGCCGAGGUGCACGAGCUGAAGCAGGCGCUGGAGCCGGGCUUCCUCGAUAUUAACUGGACUAGCCUCUCCAUCCCCGACUUUGUGAGCAACUGCGAAAAGGCCAUCACCAAGUUCCGCAACGUCAGCCGAGAGGUGCGCAAGAGUGCAGAGAGCCUUCAGACGCAGGUGGUGAACAAGAUCGCUUCCACGCGCCUCAUCCCCGAGUAUCGCGAGUUUCUGCAGGCGGGUGGGGAGCUGCCGGAGCUGCAGACCCUCGUCGACAUCAUCGAGCGGCGCCGUGUCGAGCAACUGGAACGCUGCAUGCGGGCCUACCGCACGGCAAAGCCACUGCUCACCAAGGUUGAGGGUCAGCUGCUGGCCACCCACACCGGGAGGUGCGCCAACUUGGUGUCCUACUACAGCCACUGGGAGCAGCGCAUCUGGCGCGCGCUGACAACGAUGGUGCUCAAGUCGCUGGCGAGCUUUGCGAAGCUGGUCGGGUAUACGACUUCCUCGCGCGCCUCGGCGCGGCAGCCGCCGCUCUUCAAGGUGACCGUUCUCCUCACGAGCGAGCCGACGUACACGCCCCAGCAGCAAGAAAUCACGACCGCGUUUCACAAAAUCCAGGCUGGCAUCAUCGAGACCACGAAGCACUUUCAGCGCUGGAUGCGCGGGACGUGCCUGGAGUUCACGCAGGGUGAGAUCAUCCCGCGGCCGGCGGAGGAGGAGUACAUGACGCUCUUUACGUACUACCAGGAUAUUUACAACCUUCCCCAAGUCUACAAGUUGCAGGCGCUGGUGAACCGCACCAUCCAGACCCACCUCGGCGCCUUGGCGACGAACAUCAAGAUGCUGCAGCGGUAUCGCUUCGUCUUCCUGGCCGACAAGAAGAUCUCGGUGGAGCAGCAGGCCAAGAGCCAGCUGCAGUGGAUCGACUACGACGCCAAGUUCCAGCUCUACUUCAACAUGAUCCGCGACUUCGACGAGGAGAGCCACGUGCACGACUUUGGCUUCAUGCGAUGCGACGAGACACCCUUUUACACGGAGCUUGUUGGGCAUGUGUACCAGUGGGUGGCGAUGGAGGGUGCACAGCUGAGUGACACCGUGCGUGCCCGCAUGACGCAGCGCUACAACACCAUCAAGAAGAUCAACGAGGAUCUGAUGCGGCCGUGCGACAACAUCGCGGACCUGAAGUUUGUGCUGGAGGUGAUGCACAACGCGCGAACGUCCUCACUCGAGGUGGAGCAGGCGGUGCGUGAGAUCGAGUACGUAUAUAGCUCACUCCAGCACUACGGCGUCCCGCUGGACCCCGGGAUGGUGAAAUUGGCCAUGAGCUUGCAGGACAUGUGGUCCUGCACCCUGGCCCGCGUGCAUCAGACCGGCAUUGCACUGGAGCCUCGCAAGGUGCAGUUCCGCGAGCUGACGGUGCAGGAGGUGAGCAAGUUCCUUGAUGAGGGUGGGAGGGUGUUGCAGGAGUUUCGCUGCACCGGGCCCGGCCGCGCCGACAUCGACCUCGCCGCUGGGAACGAGUCGAAAAAGCAGUGGCGGCAACGCCUCAGCGAGCUGCAAAUGAAGCGCGACCAGCUCGUGAAGGCCGAGAAUCUGUUCGACCUCCCGCUGACGACGCACACGUGUCUGCAGCAGCUGAACGAGGAGCUGACGAAGGUGGAGACUGUCUACGACCUUUACGAGCACUGGAUGAACGACCUGCGCCGCUGGAACCGGAGCAGCUGGAAGGAUCUGCUGCUGUCCGACCUAGAGGCGACGACCGAGGAGCGAGCGAAGCAGGCGCGCAUUCUGGGGAAGCAGUACAGCACCGUGAACCCCUUCCCUGCCGUGCAUCAGCUCAUCCUCAACUUCCAAAACUCGCUGCCGCUGCUGGCGAAGUUGAAGAGCCCGGCACUGAAGGCGCGCCACUGGACAGAGCUCAUGCGAGUGACUGACAAGAGCUUCAACUACGAGCAAAUCAACCUCAGCGAGCUCAUCGCGAUGGAGCUGUUCCGCUACACAGACGAAGUGGACCAUGUCGUGCUGGCGGCGGCUCGAGAGCAGGGCAUCGAGCAGGAGAUCCGCGCCAUCAAGCAAUACUGGGCCGAGAAGGUGUUCACUCCUGUUCCGUACGCGCCGCGCAAAGGCGCUGCCCGGUGCGACGUCCUCACGGACACGAGUGAGAUUCAGGAGGCUGUCGACGACAACACGCUCAAGGUGCAGUCCAUCGCCAGCGUCAAGUGGGCGCAGCCGUUCGCGGAGGAGGUCAAGACGUGGGAGCGCCGUUUGUCUGUCAUAAGCGAUGUCAUCACCGUGUGGGUGACGGUGCAGCAGAAGUGGCAGUACCUCGAGUCCAUCUUCAAGGGCAACGACGACAUUGUACAGCAGCUGCCUAAGGAAGCCUCCAAGUUCAACGACCUCGAUAAGAAGUUUGUGCGUAUCAUGAAUGACACGAGCGCCUCGCCGAACGUGAGCCAAUGCUGCAAUGUCACGGGUCGGCUGGAGGAGCUGCGGUACUUGGAGGAGAAGCUGGAGGAGUGCCAGAAGGACCUCUCGAACUACCUGGAGUCAAAACGCUGCCUUUUUCCGCGGUUCUACUUCAUCUCCGACGAUGAGCUGCUCUCGAUUCUCGCGACGAGCAGUGCCAAGGCAGUGCAGGAUCACAUGCUGAAGAUGUUCGACAAUUGCGCCCAGCUCGUAUUCAAAAGCGAGCGCGACGAGACGAUCUGCGGUGUGGAGUCGCAGGAGGGCGAACGGCUUGACUUUGUCACGCCGGUGAAGACGGACGGCCGCCCGGUGGAGGAGUGGCUGCAGGCCGUCCUCGACGAGUCGAAACAGUCCCUCCACGACAUUCUGAAGGCCGGUGUCUUUCACUACCCGAAGAUGCAGCGACUGGAGUGGGUGAAGCAGUAUCACGGGAUGGUGACACUCACUGGCGCGAAGGUGUUCUGGACUUACGAGGUCGAGUACGCCUUUGCGCAGGUGCGCAAGGGGAAGCGCAGCGCCGUGAAGGAACUCUCCGCGUCCCUGAGCCGCCGGCUGAUCGACCUGGUAGCUGAGAUGGAUAAGGACAUGGACAAGCAGUACCGAAAGAAGAUAAACACGCUCAUCAUUGUCGACGUGCACGGUCGCGACAUCGUCGACCGGUUCGUCCGUGACUCCGUGACGGACGCCCGUGAGUUUGACUGGGAGUCGCAACUCCGCUUCUACUGGGAGAAGGCCGUGGACACCUGCACGAUCGCGCAGUGCACAGGCCGCUUCCGCUACGGGUUCGAGUACAUGGGUCUGAACGGGCGCCUCGUCAUCACGCCGCUGACGGAUCGCUGCUUCAUGACGCUGACGCAGGCGCUGACGUUCUGCCUUGGCGGCGCCCCGGGCGGUCCGGCUGGCACGGGCAAGACGGAGUCGGUGAAGGAUCUCGCGAAGGCCAUGGCGAUUCAGUGCGUCGUCUUCAACUGCGGCGAGGGCCUCGAUUACAAGGCGAUGGGCACCAUCUUCUCUGGUCUCUCGCAGACCGGCUCGUGGGGCUGCUUCGAUGAAUUUAACCGAAUUGAGCUGCCGGUGCUGUCGGUCGUGUCGGAGCAGCUGCGCUCCAUCCAGGCGGCGCUGCGAGCGGGUGACAAAGAGUUUUUGUUCGGCGACAGCGUCAUCCGCCUGGUGCCGACGAUCGGCACAUUCAUCACCAUGAACCCCGGCUACGCUGGCCGCGUGGAGCUGCCGGACAACCUGAAGGCCCUCUUCCGGCCCGUGGUGAUGGUGGUGCCGGACAUGGAGCUCAUCGCCGAAAACAUGCUCUUCUCCGAGGGCUUCACAACCGCGCGGGAGCUGGCGCGCAAGAUGGUCACCCUCUACUCUCUUGCCAAGGGCCAGCUGUCGAAGCAGCAUCACUACGAUUGGGGCCUGCGCGCGCUCAAGGCGGUGCUCGUGAUGGCGGGGCAGCUGAAGCGUGGCUCCUCCAAUCUCUCCGAGGAGUCGGUGCUGAUGCGAGCGUUGCGUGACAUGAACGCACCAAAGUUCAUUGCGCAAGACGAACCCCUGUUCAAGGGUCUCAUGGGAGACUUGUUCCCCGGGCUUGACCCGACGCGUGUCCCGCAGGAGAACCUCGCCAAGGCCAGCACAAAUGUGCUGAAGGAGCGCGGCUUCCAGAUUAACCUGAAGCAGAUCGACAAGGUGGUGCAGCUGUACGAGACGAUGCAAACCCGGCACACGUCGAUGGUUGUCGGCCCGACCGGCGGCGGCAAGUCGACUGUGAUCGACACCUUGUGCAAGGCGCAGACAGAGCUAGGCCUCACGACGAAGUCCUAUGUCAUCAACCCCAAGGCGCAGCCGACGUCCGCGCUGUACGGCAUGAUGGACCCGAUGACGCGCAACUGGACGGAUGGUAUCUUCUCGAACAUCUUCCGUAGCAUCAACAAACCGGCGGAGGGGAUGGAGCGAGAGCGACGGUACGUCAUCUUCGACGGCGACGUGGACGCGAAGUGGGUAGAGGACAUGAACUCUGUCAUGGAUGACAACAAGCUGCUCACGCUACCGAACGGCGAGCGUAUUCGUCUGCACCCGCAAUGCUCGCUGUUGUUCGAAGUGGGAGACUUGCAGUACGCCUCGCCGGCGACUGUCUCGCGUGUUGGCAUGGUCUUUUUGGACCCAAUCAACCUUGGGUGGAAGCCGUUCAUGCACGCCUGGAAGAUGCGCCGCCCACGCGAUGAGCAGGAGACGCUGGAGGAACUGGUGGAUCAGUUUGUGCAGCCGCUGGUUAACUUUGUCUUGGAGGGCGCGGACGAGGAGGGGACGAUCUCGCCGCCGCCGAAGCUGGUGAUGCCGACGAACGCGCUGAGCAUGGUGAAGCAGCUAACGACGAUGCUGUGCACAGUGCUGCCCAAAGACGCCUCGCUGGAGCCGCGCGCGCUGCAGUCCAUCUUUAUUUUCGCCUGCGUGUGGAGCUUUGGUGCUUUCAUCAGCUUGGCGCCGGACCGGCUGCGUUUCGACAGCCUUUUGAAGCACAUCAGCGGCUGGAACCUGCAGGACGUCGGGGACAACUUCCUCACUCGCUUUGUCGGGUCCGGCUCGCUGCCGGAGGCACGCACCUUGUACGACUACUACUUUGACCUGCAGGACUGUCGGUGGAAGCCGUGGAAAGUGCUCGUGAAGCCGUUUGAGCGGAAGCCCGGCCAGCCGUUCAGCUCGCUGCUCGUGUCCACGGUGGACACGGAGCGGAACAUGUGGCUGCUGAACAAGGUUGUGCUUAACCGCACCCCUGUCAUGUUUGUUGGCGAGAGCGGCACUGCCAAGACGGUGACGAUCCAGUCGUACCUGCAGCACUUGAAGUGCUCUUCUCUCCACUCGAGCGAGAGCGGCAGUGACGGCAGCGGUGACGACGUCCAACUGGAGGCGAUGCUGCUUGAGUUGAACUUUAGCUCCCGCACCACCUCCCUCGAUGCUCAGCGGACCUUGGAGGACAACAUCGAGAAACGAACCAAUACCGUACUCGGUCCCCCUGCGCGGAAGAGGCUGAUUGUGUUUGUGGACGACAUCAACAUGCCGAAGGUGGACCUCUACGGCACGCAGCAGCCCAUCGCCUUCCUGAAGCUGCUCAUCGAGAGUUUUCACUGGUACGACCGCAAGGACCUGCUCUUCAAGAACGUGCGCGACACGCAGUUCGUCGCCGCGAUGGCGCCACCCGGCGGUGGCCGCAACGCGCUCGACCCGCGCUUCGUUUCUCUUUUUACCGUGUUCAACAUUCUGUUCCCGGAGGAGGAGGCGAUUCAGACCAUCUACCAGCAGAUCCUCGCCGACGCGUACAAGACGCUGCCCGUCGACGCCGACUUCGCGACGACGAUCACGUCCAUGACGCUGCAACUGCACGCUAACCUUGUCGCGGCGCUGCCGGCAACGCCAGCCAAAUUCCACUACAUCUUCAACCUGCGCGACCUGUCCCGCAUCUACGAGGGACUCUGUCGCGCGACGCCGCACAAGUUUCUGUCAACUGGCGCCCUGCUGCGCCUUUGGCGCAACGAGGUGACGCGUGUGUUUGUCGACCGCAUGGGCGAGGAGGAAGACAAGACGUUUGUGUGCGGCUUAAUCGAGAAGCACGUCUCGGAGCACUUCCCGCGCGAGACGGCAACCGUCAUGGCAGACCCACUGCUGCUAGGCGACUUUGGCGACUUUGAGCCGGCCAGUGAGCUGGAGCCGCUGCACAUCUACGAAGACUUCGGCCCCUCCUACGCGCGCGCGCGACAGCUUGUCGAGGCGAUCAUGGAUGAGAUGAACACCCCGGUCAAGAAGAUCAGCCUCGUCACGUUUGACAUGGCGCUCGAGCACCUGUUGCGCAUCACGCGUGUUCUGUCCCUUCCGCGCGGCCACUGCCUCCUAGUCGGCGUCGGUGGCAGCGGCAAGCAAUCUCUCACGAAGCUCGCGGCGUCCAUUUGCAAGAUGGGCGCGUUUGAGAUUGUGCUGUCGCGCAACUACGGCAAGGACGCCUUCCGCGAGGACCUGAAGAAGCUGUAUCACUGCGUUGGUGUGCAGAGGCAAAAGAUGAUCUUUCUCUUCAUGGACGGUCACGUCAAGGAGGAAGGAUUUCUGGAGGACAUUAACAACCUGCUAGCCUCCGGCAUGGUUCCUGCUCUCUUCACCGAAGAGGAGAAGGAGCCCCUCUACGCCAGCGUGGCGGAGGACGUCGAAGGGGCGGGGCUGGCCCCGUCGAAGGACAACAAGUGGACAACCUUCAUCGCGCGCUGCCGCGACAACCUGCACGUCGUACUCUCAAUGAGCCCCUCCGGCGACGCGUUGCGCACACGCUGCCGAAACUUUCCCAGCCUCAUCAACAACACGACGAUCGACUGGUUCCAGAAGUGGCCGGCGCAGGCUCUCGAGGCGGUGGGUCGUAAGGUUCUUGCCGAGGAGACGCUACCGGAUGAGCUGCGGACGCCUAUUGUUGAGCACAUGGUGCACGUGCACCUGACAGCGGACAAGUUGUCGAGUAAGUACCAGAACGAGCUGAAGCGGCACAAUUACGUGACCCCAAAGAACUACCUCAGCUUCCUGGCGAACUAUGCGAAGCUGCUCGUGACGCGACGCGAGGACAUCGACGACAUUGUGAAGAAGUUCACGAUUGGUCUGGAGAAACUGCAGCAUGCGGAGGCCGAGGUGAACGUGUUGAAGGAAGAACUGGCCGAGAAGGAGGUGACGUUGCGCGAGAAGCAGGAGAUCAAUGCCCAGAUGACGCGCGAGAUCACGGAGCAGCAGCAGAAGAAUCAGGUGCGCAAGGAUGAGUCGCUCAAGAUGGAGGAGGAGCUCAACAUCCAGAAUGCGGAAAUCGAGAAGGAGUCAGCAGAGGCGCAGGUGGUGCUGGAGCAGGCGAUGCCGGCUCUGGAGGAGGCGAUGGAGGCGGUGCGACACAUUGACCCGAAAAGCAUCACAGAGCUGCGCUCCUUCGCGAAGCCGUCUGUCAACGUCGUCGCCGUGGUGCGCAUGGUGUGCAUCGUGAAGGGUGUCCCGGCAACGUGGGAGUCGGGCAAGAUUAUGAUGGGUCAGGCGGACUUCAUCCGCUCCUUGGUCGACAUUGACACCCUCACGCCAACUCUGAACCAGGCGAAGAUGAACGAGAUCAACAAGGUUCUGAAGGAGUUCCCGGUAAACUCGAACGACCUCAAGAAGGUGAGCAUGGCCGCCUCGGGGCUGAUGAUUUGGGUGGAGGCGAUGAAGCAGUACUGGAAUGUGGCCAAGGAGGUGUUCCCGAAGCAGGAGCUGGUGCGUCAGUUGCAGAAGGCCAAGGAGAUGGCAGAGCGGCAGUUGCAGGCAUGCCGUGACGAGAUCGACCGACUCACUGAAAGCCUGCACCGGCUGGAGCAGCAACUAGAGGCUGGCAUGGCAGAGGCACGGCGGCUGCAGGAGGAGAAAUCGGUCAUGGAGCGUCGUCUCAACGCGGCGCACAAGCUGAUCGACGGCUUUAGCUCAGAGCGGGUGCGGUGGACGGAGGAGAAGAAACUCCUAAGCGCGUCGCGCAGCCGCCUGGUCGGCGACUGCCUGGCGGGGGCGGCCUUUCUCUCGUACCUGGGCGCCUUCACGUACCCGUACCGCCAGGAGGCGCUGGACAGUUUCUGGCUACCGGACCUGCGCGCGCGCGGGAUUCCGCUAACGGACGGCUUCGAUGUGCGGCAGCUGCUGACGAACGACGUUGCCGUCUCGCAGUGGGCCAGCGACGGACUGCCAUCAGAUGCGCUGUCGGUGCAGAACGGUAUUCUGACCUCUGCGAGCACGAACUACACCGGCAAAGGCAAGCGCGCUGGCAAGAUUCGCUUUCCGCUUUGCAUCGACCCUCAGAUGCAGGCGGUCAGAUGGAUCAAGCGACAGCACCAGGUCAACACCCGCUUCGAAACGGCGACCUUCAGCGACCCCGACUUCCUCAAGAAGCUCGAGUUUGCCAUCCAGUACGGCAACCCCUUCCUCUUUGAAAACGUGGACGAGUUCAUCGACCCCAUCAUCGACUCUGUGCUCGAUCCGCAGUUCCGUUACGAGUCUGGCCAGCGACUGAUCCGCAUCGGCGACAAGGACAUUCCAUGGGAUGACAACUUCAAGCUGUACCUCUGCACGAAGCUGCCGAACCCCAACUAUGCAGCAGAGGUGUUCGGCAAGACACUGGUCAUCAACUACGGUGUCACCGAAGACGGGUUGGAGGCGCAGCUGCUCAACUACGUUGUCGCGAGCGAGCGCAGCGAUCUGCAGCGACAGAGCGAGGAGCUUGUGCAGACCAUGGCCGAGAGUCGCGCGCAGCUCAAGGAGCUAGAGAACACGCUUAUUCGCGAACUCACCCUCGCGACGGGCAACAUCCUCGAUAACGACGACCUCAUUGCCACCCUGGAGAACACGAAGAGCAGCGCGACGGAGGUGGAGAUCAAACUGCAUCAGGCGCAGGAGACGGCGCGGACAACCGAAGAGUCGCGUCAGCAGUACCGCCCGGCGGCGAAGCGCGGCGCUGUGCUGUACUUCGUCAUCUCUCAGCUCUCCGCCAUAAACCCGAUGUACGAGUACUCGCUUUCUGCUUUCCUCUACGACGUGUUCGGCUACUCCAUCACAAAGAGCGACGCCUCCUUCGAGAUUCAGGACCGCCUGCGCAACAUUAUUCAGACCCUCACGUACAACCUGUACACGUAUGUCUGCAUGGGCAUCUUCGCCAAGGACAAGGUUAUGCUCUCCUUCCAGAUGGCCGUGCGUCUGCUGGGUCAAGAGGGUCGCAUGGUGCAGAGCGAGCUGGAGUUCUUUCUGCGUGGCUGCGUCCUGGCGUCGAAGAGUUUCCCGGCGAACCCGGUACGAUGGCUGACGGAGCGGCAGUGGAACGACGUGUGCAAGCUCAGCACCACUGUCGACCUGUUCAAGCACCUCACCAAGGACGUUGCCGACAACGCGGAGGAGUGGCAGGCGUGGACGGCGCUGGACCGGCCGGAGGAGCUGGACUGCAACCCGCUGCCGUGCGGGUACUCGCACAAGAUUUCGGCAUUUCAGCUGCUGUGUCUGCUGCGCUGCUUCCGGUCAGACCGCGUUUACAGUGCCGUCACGAACUUUAUCUCCACCUGCGACCUACUGGGCGAGCAGUUUGUCAUGCCGCCGAUUCUGCGCUACAAGGAGGUACUGGAGAAGAGCUCCUCCAUGUCGCCGAUAGUUUGCAUUGUGUCGCCUGGCGCGAACCCAACGGAUGAGAUUGUGAAACUGGCCGCGAAGGAGGUUGGACUGGACAAGAUGCGCGCCAUUUCGCUCGGCCAGGGUCAGGGUGAGGAGGCCAUGCGACUUGUCGAGGUCGGCGCGACGCGCGGGCACUGGGUGCUGCUGCAGAACUGCCACCUGCUCACGGCGUGGAUGAAAGAUAUGGAGAAGAUGCUGGAGAAGAUGGACUCUUCCCAAGUGCAGGAGCAGUUCCGGCUAUGGCUCACCACGGAGCCGAGCGAGCAGUUCCCGAUGGGCAUCCUGCAGCGCUCCCUCAAGGUAGUGAAUGAGCCGCCGAACGGACUCAAGAUGAACAUGAAGAACACGCUCUCCAAGGUCACAGAAGAUCAGCUGGACGUCUGCCCGCACUGGGCAUUCCGGCCGCUCGUCUUCACCUUGGCCUUCUUCCACGCAGUGGUACAGGAGCGGCGCAAGUACGGCAAGAAUGGCUGGAACGUCGUCUACGACUUCAACGAGACGGACUUCACGGUUUCCAUGCGGCUGCUGGACACGUACCUCACCAAGGCGUACCUGAACAAGGACCCACUACCAUGGGACACGCUGCGCUACCUCGUCGGUGAGGCCAUGUACGGCGGGCGCGUCACGGACAGCAUGGACCGCCGCAUUGUGCAGACGUACCUCGCCGAGUACUUCGGAGACUAUCUGUUCGACACCUUCCAGUCCUUUCACUUCUUUGUCGAGUCCGGGGUAGCAGACUACUGCCUACCAUCAGGGAGCACCGACCCAGAGAAGCGGGUCACGCUAAGUCAGAUGGUGGCGCACGUGGACACGUUCCCGAACGCGAACGCGCCGGACGUCUUCGGACUCCACCCGAACGCCGAGACGGGCUACCUGCGGCACUCGACAGAGACGUUGUGGUCGAGCUUGAUUGAGCUGAUGCCGCGCGUUAGCGCCGUCGCGGUCGGCGGGGAGACGCGCGAGGCGAAGCUGACCAAGUUCACGGAGGAGAUCCUCGCCCAGAUCCCAGAACUGUUUGACAUGAAGGCGGUGCUGCUCAAGGAGACGACGCGGGCGACGGCGAACGGCUACGAAGCGGUGCAGCCGACGCAGGUGGUGCUGCUGCAGGAGAUGGAGCGCUGGAACAGGCUUGCGAACGUCAUGGCGACGUCUCUGAAGGAGCUGAAAAAGGCCUUGUCAGGUAUUAUUGGCAUGAGCAGUGAACUGGAUGAGCUGGAGUCUGCUCUCGACAACGGCCAGCUGCCGCAGUCAUGGCGCCGCUACGCACCGGCGACGCGCAAGAACCUAGGGCGAUGGAUCGCACAUUUCCAGCGUCGCUACGAGCAAUACCUAUUGUGGAACCUGAACGGCGAGCCCAAGUGUGUGUGGCUUUCGGGUCUCAUGGUGCCCGACUCAUACCUCUCCGCGCUUGUGCAGGUGACGUGCCGCAAGUAUCGCUGGCCGCUCGACCGGUCCACGAUAAUGACGACGGUGACUGCCUUCGCAAGAGCGGAGGACGUCACAGCGGCACCGAAGGACGGCGCGUGCGUUAGCGGACUCUAUCUUGAGGGUGCCCGCUGGGACCUUCAAAGGCGCGCGCUGGCCCCGCAGAUGAAGAAGCAGCUCAUUACAGAGCUGCCGGUCAUGCAGAUUGUGCCAACCGAGUCCUCGCGCGUCAAGACGGUUGGCACUUUUAAGACACCAGUGUACGUCAACGGUGAUCGCCGUAAUGCUGCUGGUGUGGGUCUCGUGUUCAUGGCGGACCUCCCGUCCGAUGUGCACCCGUCCUUGUGGGUACUGGAGAGUGUGGCGCUGUUGCUGGACUCGGAUGAUUGA